AUGCAUUUGACUAGUGGUCCUGCCCGGUUCCCCGAACUUCUGGUCUUGAAGUACGCUGGCAAUGACAGAAACAUAUUCGUUGACCCCGUCACCCGUACCAUUGAGAUCCACUUCAAGUAUGCAAAGUCACGCUCCUUCCCUCAUUUGAUCAGAUGUCUGGACAGAUUAACCUCCGCUUACCUACUGCACUUCAUCCUUAUUGAGAGAUUCAUGAUGAGAGAGUGUUUGACUAUGGACUACAAGGGGGCUUCCAGGGAUUUGUUUGGUGACCUCUCUGAGGAGGACAAACUAUAUUCCAUCUUUAUGGCCAAAACUGGUAAUACUUCAAUGUCUGAUGUUGAAUUCCCGAGUAAUGUCCUCCAAUCCUUCUUAUUUUUCGAUCCAGUUACUGGUGGUCUCAUUUCCAGGAAGAAGUUUUCAAAAUUCUACACACUGUAUCCAAACAUCGGCAACUUCACUGCUGCCACCAGACUGACUUUAAGGGAGAUGCGCCAAUGUAUUGUUGCCCUUAUCAGGUACUGCCUUCCAAACGAUGGAAUAGAUCCACUGUUUAUGGCGGCUAAGGAAUUCGAUGCUGGACAUGGCCUUUCUGUGGGUGCUUCUGUUUACGCAGUUGAUAACUUCUCAGGACUGGGCAAUCAUUCUACACCACUCACAGAUACUAUUUUGAAGAUCUGUCGUGCUUGGCAAGCAUGGUUAAACCUGGGUGGGGAAGAGGAGACACGUUUGAAAGAGUCUGUCGAGAACUUCAAGGUAUUAGAUGUCAGAGGAUCCGCCAACGACCUAAUCGUGGCCGGUAAGAGUAUUUUUGGUGACCAAUUUGCCUUCCGUGAAAACCAGGAGAAGUUGAUUAUGGAUAUUUAUUUGUCAAACAGGAAAUUCUUUCCUGUUCAGGCCCUACCGGGUUUUGGAAAAACUGCAAUGUUCCAAAUUCCUCUGAGUGCAAUUAAAAUGGCCAGUCCUAGAAGAAGAGUAGUGAGUUUUGUUCUUGUCCCAUAUAUUAGUCUUAUGGCAAAUAUGGUGGAGAGAUUGACAGCGGGGGGACUAGUGGCUGCACCGGUUAAAGAUGUUUUGGUGAUGAACGCAGCCCCUGAGGAACAUACACUGCAGGCGGACAUCUAUGUCUAUUCCUAUGAGGAUGUCAGAUCUAGUUCACUGGUAACAAUGAUCAAUAAUUGGUAUUACCAUUACAGGUCUACAUUCUUAGGCUAUAUCAUCGUGGAUGAGGUUCACAACCUUGGUUGCCAGGACUUCAGAACUGGGGUCACUGCUGCCUUCCCGCUAUUGAAGUGUCACUAUGCGAAUAAGGUGCUGUUGCUGUCUGGAUCUGUAGGGAAGGACAGGUUUGGAAUCCAUCUGGGAGCCCUGAAUAUCAAGGUCCAGACCACUACGGAGGUCGAAGUCAACGACAAGGUCUACAUCCACAACCUUGUCAAGGACAUU